AUGGGUUUGUGUUGUGCUUGAGGUGCCAGCGGGGGUGAUGUCCCCCCUCAUGCUUUUCUGCACUGGAAGAAGCAGGGACUGAAAGGCUGAGGUGAUUCACACAUGAGUCAACAGCUAUCAGCUAUAUAAGCCUGACCACUCAUGGAGCCUGGGCAUCAUACAAUCCUCAGAUCUCAAAGCAGGUCUUGCUGCACUGUUGCAAAGAUUAAUACAACUCAACACAGGAAGCAUGUAUUUUCCAGCUCUUCUCUACCCAUGCAUUUUGGGCAUGCUCAGUCUGGUUCAUGGCAUUCCCGUUCAUCCAGAUAGGCUGAAAAACAUGGUCAAACUGCAGGCAGACACCAUUAUCCUCAGAAUCAAAGAUCACAAUGAGAAGUUGAAACUAUAUCCAAAGCUCCUCAUAGGGGAUCCAGAACUUUACCCCGAGGUUCCUGCUGAUAGACACAUCCAAGGUCUUGGGUCUAUUAUGGACACCCUAACUAUCUUCCAGAAGGUUCUCCAAAGGCUGCCCAAGGGGCAUGUGAGCCAGAUACGCAGCGAUUUGUCCACCCUUCUGGGUUACCUUAAGGAAAGAACGACAUCUAUGCAUUGCAUACUCAAGGAGCCAGCUAAUGGGAGGUCACUGGAUGCAUUCUUGGAGGAAAACGCCACCCACCACAUUACUCUUGGGUACUUGGCUUUAGACAGACUGAAACAGUUCAUGCAAAAGCUGAUAGUUAAUCUGGACCAGUUGAAAAGCUGCUAAUUUGAAUGAUUGUUAUUUAUUAUAUUUAUUUAAACCCUGUAUAUUUAUAGACCAAAGCAGCAUUUUGCCACAUUUUGAUAUGUACGAACUUCCCUGACGUUAAACGUGUAAGCUUAAAACACUGGCAUGCCAAACAAUCUGUCCUUGCCAUGUAAACACUAGCAAUCUCAUACCUGCAUGCGUUGCCAUGUCAUACUUCAUGCUGUUUGCAGGAUGACAUCAGCAUUUGCUGAGCGUGCUCAAUGAUGUCACUGUGUUUACCAGAAGCAGCGAGGUCAGACUCUGCUUGGAAGCUGGAAUCAUGUUCCCAUUUUACCUCUUGCCUCAACACCAGCAUUUUACACUCGCCGAGUGCCCUGCAGAGUUUAGUUCCAACCCACAUACCAUGUAGUUUUCAAAUAACCCUGAAGAAUUUGAUUAGUUGGAUCAGGUGUGUUUAAUUAGGGUUAAAUCUAAACCAGGAAUUGAGUUUGAUACCCCGAGUCUAAAGGGGUAUCUUUUUUAAAGGGGUAAAUGAGGUACACAUGUACUUUUUGAAAGGGUACGGCUCCAGUGGCAGUUUUUGUACCUUUUUUUUUUUUGAGUAUGGGGGAGAAGAAAAAAAGAUUUUCCUAUACAGUAUGAAUAUAUGCACUUUGCACUAGUUUUGUAUUUUGUGUAUUGAUGCUUUUAUAUAUAUAUUAAAUUUUACCAAUAAACAAAAUGUCUAAGUUACAUAGACACUUUUGCAAUUUAUUGUGGCUCUGUUUUUGCCAACACAAUUUGCACGUUUAUGGUUGGUCAUUGUAUAAUUUCCCAGUGAAAUCCAAUAGGACAAAUGCAGCAAUGGAUUUUUUUUUUUUUUUUUUUUUUUACACAACCAUUAACAACAGGCUUUCUUUCACCAUACAACUUAUGACUUAACUGUACAUAAUAAGCAAAAUCAAAUCUAAAUUUUGACAUCUGCAGUUGAAUAUCAUGUUCUUUUGGCUUUUGUAAGGUCAAAUCUAAAGCCUUGUUCAACAGAAAGCAUCUUUUGGUGGAUUUUAAAUAUUGCAUCCAAUAACAGUUCAGAAAUUGUGUGCACAUCUUAUUUGUGGAGACUAAAUUAUUCAUAUUGGCCAUAAGCAACCCUGAUCCAGACAUUUUAGUCAUUAAAAAACAAAAUCUGUUGUUGGAUAUCGGUAUAAUUUAUUUUGUCUACAGAAAUAAAAAAAGUUCUUUUUUUUUUUUUUUUUUCAGACUUAA